AUGUUGGUUCUUCCUGGCACUUCCGCUCUAUCCACCUUCAAGAGUGCUAGUGUUUUGAAGUCUAUUCAAAAGACUGUUCCCUUGGCCACCUCCAUCUCGGCUCUCCAUGUUCAUUUCGUUCAACCCAGACAAGGUCAACAGGACAGCUUGACACCCGCAUUGGAAUCAGGACAGAUUUUGAGAAACUUGCUGACCUACGGCUACUACCCUAUUGAUGCCCAAUACGAGCAAGCCAUUGUCUCCUUCUUAUCCAGCAAUCAACAAGCUGCUGAUGCCUCCAUUGUGCUUGUGGUUCCCCGCGCUGGCACCAUCUCUCCAUGGUCUUCCAAAGCUACCAACAUUGCCCAUCUCUGCAACCUGUACGAUCAAGUGGAGCGCAUUGAGCGUGGUGUUGCCUAUCGCAUUGCCAAGGAAGACGGCUCCCAACUCACAGCAUCUGAACUGUCAUCUAUUGUAGAUUUGAUUCAUGACCGUAUGACACAAAAUGUCAUCUUGAAUCUGCCUGAGCCCGAAUCUGUCUUUCAUCAUGGUACUCCUGCACCCUUGACAGUGGUCGAUUUGCUCUCUCAAAGCGCCGAUAAUGCAGAUGCUCGCAACAAGCUGGUCGUCGCCAACAAGACCUUGGGCCUGGCUUUGGCCAACGAUGAGAUUGACUACUUGAUCGAGGCUUUUGUAGGUGGUAAAGAUGGUCAAGCCGGUCUUCAACGCAACCCUACCGAUGUCGAGCUCUUUAUGUUUGCUCAAGUCAACUCUGAGCAUUGUCGCCACAAGAUCUUUGGUGCUGAUUGGACUAUUGACGGUGAAUUGAAGCCUCACUCACUCUUUGGCAUGAUUCGCAACACGCACAAAUUGCACCCUAAUGCCACUUUGUCUGCCUACUCUGAUAAUGCUGCUGUGCUCAAGGGUUUCAACGCCACUCGCUUUGCUCCCAAUUCAAAUGAAGGUAACAAGUAUGAACAUUUCGAGGAACAAGUUCAUUAUCUUGCCAAGGUCGAAACCCACAACCAUCCAACCGCUGUCUCACCCUUCCCUGGUGCUUCUACCGGCUCUGGUGGUGAAAUCCGUGAUGAAGGUGCUGUCGGUCAAGGCUCCAAGCCCAAGGCAGGUCUUGUUGGCUUCACUGUAUCCAACUUGCUGAUCCCUGAUAACGUUCAACCUUGGGAGACUGAUUUCGGUAAGCCUGGACAUGUUGCUUCUGCUUUUGAUAUUAUGAUGGAGGCACCUUUGGGUGGUGCUGCUUUCAACAACGAGUUCGGUCGCCCUGCAUUGACAGGUUAUUUUCGUACAUUUGCUGAAACUGUACCUGUCACUGAAACCACAUCAGAAGUGCGUGGUUAUCACAAGCCUAUCAUGAUUGCUGGUGGUGUAGGUACUGUGCGUCCCUCUCAUGUCUUCAAGAAGCCCAUCUCUCCUGGCGCUCAUCUCGUUGUAUUGGGUGGUCCCGGUAUGUUGAUUGGUCUCGGUGGUGGAGCUGCCUCCUCCAUGGCUUCUGGUCAGUCUAGCGCUGAUCUUGAUUUCGCCUCUGUUCAACGUGAAAAUCCCGAGAUGGAGCGACGAGCUCAAGAAGUCAUUGAUCGCUGUACUGCACUUGGCGAGGACACACCUAUCCAGUCCAUCCACGAUGUCGGUGCUGGCGGUCUUUCCAACGCCUUGCCUGAAAUUGUCCACGACAGUGAUCUUGGUGCCGAUAUUGACUUGCGUCGUGUGCCUUGCGAUGAUGCCUCCAUGUCUCCUAUGGCUAUCUGGUGUAAUGAAUCUCAAGAGCGUUAUGUGUUGGCUGUCUCUCCCGACAAGUUGGCUCAAUUUGAGGCUUUCUGUGCCCGUGAACGUUGUCCCUAUGCUGUUGUAGGUACUGCUACUGCUGAAAAGCGUCUUGUCGUACGUGAUACCCUCUUGAACAACGUGCCUAUUGAUUUGCCCAUGCCCGUCUUGUUUGGUAAGCCUCCUAAGAUGUCUCGCAAGGCCACCACCGAGACUCCCUUCCGUAGACCCUUUGAUACCACGCUCCAAACCUACUUGCCUGGUCAACAUGAUGUGCUUGCUGAAGCUGCUUCUCGUGUCCUUCAUUUACCUGCUGUUGCCUCCAAGUCCUUCUUAGUGACGAUUGGUGAUCGCUCUAUUACUGCUAUGGUAGCUCGUGAUCAAUUUGUGGGUCCCUGGCAAGUGCCUGUUGCCGAUGUUGCUGUCACCACCUCUUCUUUGGGUAUGGAUAUCAUCACUGGCGAGGCUAUGGCUAUGGGUGAGCGCACACCUAUUGCUCUCUUGUCUCAAGCUGCCUCUGCUCGUAUGGCUGUCGGUGAGUCUUUGACCAACUUGGCUGCUGCUCAUGUAGGCAACAUUGAGGAUGUCAUUAUGUCUGCCAACUGGAUGUGUGCUGCUGAUCAUGCUGGUGAGGGUGCUGGUAUGUACGAUGCCGUGCAAGCCAUUGGUCUUGAUCUCUGUCCCAAGCUUGGUAUUGCUAUUCCCGUUGGCAAGGAUUCCAUGUCCAUGAAGAUGAAGUGGCAAGACGACAAGGCGCAUGAAGUUACUGCUCCUCUCUCUCUGAUCAUCACUGCUUUUGGCACUGUUGUCAACAACCACACUACCUUCACACCUCAAUUGCUCAACAAGCCCAACACCGAACUGAUUCUGAUCGACUUGGCUAAUGGUAAGCAACGUAUGGGUGGCUCUGCUUUGGCUCAGGUGUUCAAGGAGAUUGGCCACGAAGCUCCUGAUGUGGAAGAUGCCCUCUUGCUCAAGAGCUUCUUUAACGGUAUGCAACGUGCCAAGGAAGUAGUCGGCGAGCCCUUGGUGUUGGCUUAUCACGAUCGCUCUGAUGGUGGUUUGUUUGCUACUAUUGUGGAAAUGUGCUUUGCUGGCCAUGUGGGUGCUCAAGUGCAAUUGGAUCAAAUCUGCCAGAAGGAGGACGCUGUCGCUGCUUUGUACAAUGAAGAGUUGGGUGCUGUUGUUCAGAUUGAAACUGCUCGUUAUGAAGAAUUUGCCAACUUGAUGAAUGAGGCUGGUGUGCCUACGUCUGCUUUGCGCAAGUUAGGUACUGUUACUGAGCAUGACGCCAAGGACACUAUCAGCUUCAACUUGGGUACCGAAACCUUGUACAGCGCUUCUCGUAUCGACCUCUUCCGUGCGUGGUCCAAGACCUCCUACUUGAUGCAAUCUGCUCGUGACAAUGCUGUCUGUGCUCAACAAGAGUACGACGCUGCUUUGGACGCUGCUGAUCCUGGUCUCCAAUAUCAAUUGACUUUUGAUCCUGCUGAAGAGUUUGUCGUCAAUGACAGCAACCGCCCCAAGGUCGCUAUUCUGCGUGAUCAAGGCGUCAAUGGCCAAAUUGAGAUGGCCUUUGCCUUCCACUUGGCCGGCUUCGAAGCUGUCGAUGUACACAUGACUGACAUUAUCUCUGGCAAGGUGACCUUGAAGGAGUUUGUCGGUAUUGCUGCUUGUGGUGGUUUCUCCUAUGGUGAUGUCCUCGGUGCUGGUGCUGGUUGGGCUCGUACCAUCUUGCUGAAUGCCCGUGCCCGUGCUGAAUUUGCUGAUUUCUUUGCUCGCUCCAAUACCUUCUCCUUGGGUGUCUGUAAUGGCUGUCAAUUCUUGAGUCAGUUGUCUGAAUUGGUGCCUGGUGCUGAUAACUGGCCUCGCUUUGCCCGCAAUGAAUCUGAACAAUUCGAAGGUCGUACUUCUUUAGUGCAAAUCCAAUCCACCAACUCCAUCUUUAUGAAGGGCAUGGAAGGCUCCAUCUUACCUAUUGCUGUUGCUCAUGGUGAGGGUAAAGCUACCUUCAAAUCAGAUGCUCAAUCUCAAGAGUUCCACGCACAGGGACUUGCUGCUACUUGCUAUGUUGACAACUAUGGCAAGGUCACUCAACAGUAUCCUUUCAAUCCCAAUGGAUCUCCUCAAGGUAUUGCUGCCGCUACCUCUCCUGAUGGCCGUGUCCUCAUCAUGAUGCCUCACCCUGAGCGUGUCGUUUUGAAGGAAAGCAACUCUUGGUAUCCUGCAAAUCAAAAUUGGGGUCAAGCUGGUCCUUGGUUGAAGAUGUUCCGUAAUGCUCGCCAAUGGGUUGGUGACAACUAUUAA